AUGGCUCCUAAAUCGCCUUCGAGAUUUAUCCUUCUCGUGGCGGUUUUCGCGCUCAUAUGGUGGACCUUGUUCCGCUCCGCGACCAACUCCGGCCGCAGCCUUGGCGAGAUUGCCAACACCGCCCUCCCUCCGCUCGAUUUCUUAACCGCCACGUUCGACCGAAAGCAGAAGCACGCGCAGCACUAUGCUUCACAAGAGGCACGCGACUUUUGCGUGGCCCGCGCCUACUCCGUCUUCACACCGCAGCGCGCGUCCGGCGAGCGCAAGAUAUACGACCUUAUCAUGGUCAACACGGAGCUGGAUUUUUUAGAAAUUCGCCUCCACGCGCUACAUGACUACGUCGAUCACUUCGUCAUCGUCGAGUCGCCAAAGACGUUCCAGGGCCACAGGAAGCCGCUUGUUAUCGCGGAGAACUGGGACCGGUUCCGCCGGUACCACGAUAAGAUGAUAUACCACGAAUUGACUUUCCCCAAGUCCUUCAACCCGAAGCGCGCGUGGGACUACGAGGACUUGCAACGAGACGCCAUGUUUGAGCAGGCUUUGCACGCUCUGCAAGGUCCCCGGACGCCCGUCAAUGGCGACGUCAUCGUCGUCUCCGACGUCGACGAGAUCCCCCGGCCCGAGUCGCUGCUCGUGCUCCGUACCUGCGCCUUCCCCCGACGCCUCACCCUCGGCUCCAAGUUCUACUACUACUCCUUCCAGUUCCUGCACGCCGGGCCGGAGUGGCCGCACCCGCAGGCCACCUUCUACCAGGGGCCGUGGCGCACCAUCCGGCCGACCAACCUGCGCAACGGCGACGGAGGCCUGCCCUGGCUGCGCGAGUGGGAAAAAGGCGUUCUGAGCAACGCCGCGUGGCACUGCAGCAGCUGCUUCGCCACGAUGGAGCAGUUCCUCAACAAGCUCGCCAGCUUCUCCCACGGCUGGAUGAAUGAUGCGGAGUAUAGGGACAGGGACAGGAUCGCGGACGCGAUACGCAAGGGUAAGGACGUGUGGGACAGGGACCAGGAUCAGUUCAGCAGGAUCGAGAAUAAUACGGAUAUGCCGCCGCUGGUUCUCCAGGAGCCGGAGCGCUUCGGCUACAUGACGAGUCGGGAUGGACAGUCGGCAGGCUUCACGGAUUACCCGUGA